UCGGUUGCGGAAACCACUUAGUAAAGUUUACACUGUCAGCUCUCUCGCAUGUUUAGUCAGUUUAUUCGUUAGCUACAUGGCCUGCAUCCACAAGCGGAUUGAGUUUAAGUAAGUCAACCGCAGGGACACGUCGCUAAGCUCCCGCCAGCCAUGCCAAAUUUUAAAACAGCACAAAUAAAGCAGCCACGCUCAGAAUUGUUGGAUAGCAAGUCACAGAAAUGUGGACUGCGGCAUACAGUGUUCGCUGUCAAUGGAAAUGAAUUUACUGGAGAGUGGAAGGACAACAAGAAGCAUGGAAAGGGAACUCAGGUGUGGAAGAAGUCUGGUGCCAUUUAUGAUGGAGAGUGGAAGUUUGGAAAACGUGACGGACAAGGUACCUACAGUGUGCUUCUCCCAGAAAGGAAGGAGUAUUCAAGGAAGUACUGUGGUGAAUGGAAGAAUGGAAAGAAGCAUGGGUAUGGGAUGUACUUCUACAAUAACUCAUCAGUUUAUGAGGGGGAGUGGAGCGAGGACUGUCGGAGUGGCUGGGGAAGGAUGUACUAUGAGAGUGGAGAUAUCUAUGAGGGAGAGUGGCUUAAGGAUAAGAAUCAUGGGAAAGGCAUCAUUCGAUUUGCUAAAGGAAAUCGGCAUGAAGGCACGUGGCAAGACGGCCUGAGAAAUGGACAUGGAAAGUUCUAUUACUCCGAUAAAGGCCAGCUUUAUGAAGGCUUCUGGGUGGAUGGAGUAGCAAAAUGUGGGACCCUGUCUGAUUUUGGAAGGGAUGAAGCACCAACACCAACAAAGUAUCUAAUUCCCCAGGUUCAACUGGUGGAUACGCAGUCGGUUUUAAGGGAAGCCCAGGCAGCCUACCUUAAGCAGUGCUGAUGAAGAACAAGAAGAAGCUCAAAAGCAAGUUUCCACUCGGCCACACACUUACUGAACGGGAAUAAAACAAAUGGCAUGAUUUUAUUCAGUAUAGUCAGAUUUGUCUUAAUAUUUACACCCAAAUAAUAGUUCUUGUUCAUAGUAUAAAACAAAAACAUAUGGAACUACUUCAAAUGAACUGAAAACAGAGGUAAUAUAAAGUCAUGUUUAUCCAGUUUACUGCUAACACAGAGAGUGAAACACAGCUCCUGUCAUGAAGACAAAAUGUGCUAAUUCUUAUUACUGCACGAACAGCUAAUUUCUUCCUGAAACAUCAUCAACUUAAUGGUAUGUCUUAUUACACUGUAUUGAAGCUGGAUAAUUAUAUUAAAAUAGUAUAAGCUACCCAAGCUUGUCAUGAUCAAUUAAAUAGUAGCAUUAGCAUAGCUAUAGUUAACCAAUCAUAUAAUAGUCUUUCAUGUGUUUUCUGUUUGGUGCAGUUGUAAAUAACCAGAGGGUGAAAGUCCAUGUGUUUAUAUAACAGUUUACUUCUGACCUACCCAUUCAUUACUAAUUCUCUUUUCAUUAUUCAACUAGAGCUCUAAACCUGUUUUUUUUUCCAUGGUUAUGGUGGAAUAUUUGCACUACAACAUCUCCUCACCAUUACUUUUCAUCACACCUGGGCUUCUCCAAACAUAUCUGGACUUUAACACCUCCAGAACAGACUGCUAACUCAAAUGAAUACAUUUCUUUAAGUUGUUGAGAAUGAAUUUCCAGCUCGAUUAUGUUUGAAUAAACAACCGUCUGAUUGAAGUGGACUAUGAAUGCAACAUGCUAAUUCAGGAGUGUGAAGCAGGUGGGGUGCUUGGGCUUUACAAAAUAAAGCCGAUGGCGCACUAGUGUCUAUGAAUAAAAUAAAUCUCAAAUGUGAUUAUGCAGCACAUGUAAUGAAUCAGGAUUACAUACGUGUUUAGUGGAUUUUUCAGAAUUAAGAUGACAAUAUAUUUGUAUUGUGUUCCCAUGAACUUCAAAUGUAGCAUUUGCUCAAUGUUUCUAAAUGUCUCAUGGAAGCAACGACAUAACCUCAAACAGAACCCCACGACUGAUUCAA